AUGGUGGAGAUGUAUGGGUUUAGUGAUAGUAGCGAAAUAGCAUAUGGUGCUUGUAUCUAUUUAGCUUCAAUAAAAAACGGUGAAAAAGAAAUUAAACUUUUAACGGCAAAAUCACGUGUUGCUCCGCUUAAAAAACAAACACUACCACGACUUGAACUUUUAGCAGCUCAUUUGUUAGCAGAGUUAGUUUAUAAGAUAAAAAAUACUUUGGAUAUCGAAAUAUCUAGAACAAUAUAUUUUACGGAUUCGACAAUUGUUCUAGCAUGGCUAAAAACCGAACCAUGUAAUUUAAAAACCUUUGUUGCCAACAGGGUAGCAAAUAUUAUUGAAAUUUCAAACAUUCACGAUUGGAGACACGUAAAAAGUAAAGAUAAUGCGGCAGACAUCAUAUCGCGUGGUGUUAAUCCAAAGGAACUUUCUGAAAACAAUAUGUGGUUUUUCGGACCUCAAUUUUUAAGGUUGAAAAAUUUAGACAGUGAUAUACAAAGUAACUUUGAUUUAGAAAUUUUACCCGAAUUAAAAAAGAACACAUUAAGCUUAAACGUUACUGAGCAAACUAAAUUUGACAACAAUGAUAUAACGGUGUUUACAAUUUUCGAAAAAUAUACAUCUUUUUGGAAAUUAGUACGUGUUUUUGGAUACGUGCGUAGAUUAAAAAAUCGUUGUUUAUUGAAAGUCCCUAUAUCAUCAGAAAAUCUUAGCAUACAGGAACUUAACGAAACACAGGAAAUGUUAAUACGACUAGCACAGCGCGAAUGUUUUACGGAGGAAAUAUCAUUACUUGAAUCGAAAAAUAGUAGAAACGUACAUAAAAAUAGUAAAAUACUAAGCUUACACCCGUUCUUAGAUUCUAAAGGCAUAUUACGAGUCGGCGGUAGAUUAUCAAACGCAAAUGUCAGUUACGAUCAGCAACACCCGAUAAUAUUACCCUGCAAACACAAGUUAAUGGACUUAAUAAUUUUAGAUUCACAUAUUAGAAACUUCCAUGCUGGAAUUCAGACUUUACUAUCAAUUCUACGUUUAAAAUAUUGGCCUGUUAACGGAAAAAAUGCGAUAAAACGAAUCAUGAAAUUUUGCCUUAUCUGUUACAAAGUACAACCUAAACCUUGUGAAUUUCUAAUGGGGGAAUUGCCGAAAGCACGUGUAAACCCUAGCAGAGUAUUUUCAAUUUGUUCUGUGGACUACGCAGGUCCGAUUUAUGUCAAAGAAAGUACCUUAAGAAAGUCUAAGUUAAUUAAAACAUAUAUAGCUGUUUUUGUAUGUCUUUCCACGCGCGCAAUACAUAUCGAAUUAGUUUUUGAUUUAAGUACAAACAGUUUUAUCAAUGCUUUAAAGCGGUUCUUUUCACGACGAGGUAAAUCAAGUCAAAUUUUUAGCGAUAACGGAUUGAACUUUGUUGGUGCAAAUAAUCAAUUUUUGGAACUUUAUAAGUUGAUUAAUAACAAACAACAUAAUUUAGAGGUGGACAAUUUUUUGGCUCGGGAUUCUAUAAAAUGGAAUUUCAUUCCCGCGAAAUCUCCACAUAUGGGUGGUUUGUGGGAGAGCGCGGUUAAGUCAAUAAAAUAUCAUUUAAAACGUACAAUUGGUGACGCUUCUUUAACGUAUGAGGAGACUUACACUGUUCUUGUAUCUAUCGAAGCGUGUUUAAAUUCGCGUCCUUUAACGCCCUUGUCCAAUGAUAUCCUAGAUUUUACUCCAUUAACCCCAGCGCAUUUCAUUAUUGGCGAUUCUCUAAGAAGUAUGCCCGAACAAACGAUUUCUGAAGAAAGAAUGAACCGUCUCACUCGUUAUCAACGAAUACAAGUGCUGUAUACUCAGUUUUGGAGAAGAUGGUCCAGAGAAUAUCUGGCGACUUUGCAAACAAGAAACAAAUGGAAAACCGACGAAGACCAGAAAGUGAAAAUUGGAUCCCUUGUGGUUUUGGUUGAAGAUGACAUAUCUCCGCUUAGAUGGCCCAUGGCACGCAUUACCGAACUACAUAGAGGUCAAGACAACAUUGUGCGAGUAGUGUCAGUGCGAUUACCAAACGGUCACGUUACCAGACGUUCAAUCAAGAAAGUGUGUGUUCUACCCUUGCCAGACGAAGAUAAACUAGAUCACUGA